AUGGAUGUUUUCAUGAAAGGACUUUCAAAGGCCAAGGAGGGAGUCGUAGCGGCUGCUGAAAAAACCAAGCAGGGUGUGGCAGAAGCAGCGGGAAAGACAAAAGAGGGUGUUCUCUAUGUAGGAUCCAAAACCAAGGAAGGGGUAGUUCAUGGUGUGACAACAGUGGCUGAGAAGACCAAAGAGCAAGUGACGAACGUUGGAGAGGCCGUGGUGACAGGGGUGACUGCAGUAGCCCAGAAGACAGUAGAAGGGGCAGGGAGCAUUGCAGCUGCCACUGGCUUUGGCAAAAAGGAUCAUUUGGGCAAGGGUGAAGAAGGAGCUUCCCAGGAAGGAAUUCUGGAAGAUAUGCCUGUGGAUCCUGACAAUGAGGCUUAUGAAAUGCCUUCUGAGGAAGGGUAUCAGGACUACGAACCCGAAGCCUAA